AUGGACGCCUCCAUGAUCUCUACCGACAGCGCUACUAUCACGCAGUCGGCACCUACAAUGACUGCAAUCGACUCAAAGAUCAGUUCACUUCAGCACCCGAUCAUCAUCGGCCAUCGUGGCGCACCGGGGUAUCUGCCCGACCACACUAUCGAGGGUUACAUGCUUGCAAUCGAAGUCGGCGUCGACGUUAUCGAGCCCGACCUCGUCAGUACAAAGGAUGGCGUGCUCGUCCUGCGACACGAACCUUACAUUGACGGCACCACCAACAUCGCCGACCACCCGGAGUUCGCCGACCGUCUCACCACCAAGAUGCUGGACGGAAUCGCUGUGCGCGGCUACUUUGUCAGUGACUUUACGCUCGAAGAGAUCAAGACGCUGCGUGCAGUGCAACCACUGCCCGAACGCAACCAGAGCUACAAUGGUCUUUUCAAGAUCCCGACGUUCGAGGAAGUUAUCCGGCUGGUGCAGAAGAAGUCUGCCGAGUACAAGCGCACCAUCGCCAUUUACCCAGAAGUGAAGCACUCGAGCUUCCACAAGGCGCUUGGAGUGCCCAUCGAGAACACCAUGCUCGAGCUGCUGACAAAGUAUGGAUGGAACCACGCUGACGCUCCUGUGUUCAUUCAGUCGUUCGAGACCGAGAACUUGCGGGAGCUUAACGCAGUCACCAACGUCACGCUGGUGCAGCUUAUUGACGGCUUCGGCAGCGACCCGAUCACUGGAGAUGUCAUCUUCGAUGUGCCAUCCGUCCGACCGUACGACUGGGUGCUGGCCAACCGCAAAGACAACUACGGCUACCUCACUACGCCGGCCGGUCUUGCUGAGGUGGCCACGUACGCCGACAUCGUAUCUCCCUGGAAACGAUACCUGCUCAAGGCCGCUGCCAUCAAAGUGGACAAAAGUGGUAAGACUAUGGACUCGAACGGCGAUGGUCGAAUCACAGAUGCCGAUUAUAACAUCAUCGAGUAUUCGAACGUUAUUGAGGACGCGCACGCCGCUGGACUAAAUGUGCACACCUGGACGAUGCGUGACGAGAAGUACCGUUUAGCUGCGAACUAUUCUGGCAAUGCGAUGCUCGAAUACUUGCAGCUUUUUGACAUGGGAAUUGACGGUGUGUUCAGCGACAACUGCAAGACGGCAGUACACGCCCGAGAUGCAUGGCUAGUCCAGCAGUAG